GUCUUAUAACACAACUUUAAUUGGAGUUGAACAGUAAGAAGCUCUACGUUGGUUAACGUUUGCUAUGUUCAUAAUUAAGUUAGGUUUAGUUUGUAAGUGAUCUCCUGAAGUAUCCCACCGGGGCUUUUUAUAGUCCUCCUGCAGACUCCACCCACAGAGUUGUCCUGGGAAACAGUAACAACUGUAAGAAAGUCAGUCAAUCCUCCUGUUGCUGACCGGGGACACCUUUGUGGGAGACCCACGCCGCGGCUGGCCUGUUCCACUCUGCAGCUCAAACUUUAAAAGGAUACUUCAACAAAACACUGUAUGUGCGCCCAUUAGGAGGAUUAUUAUGCGCCCAAAAGCUGCCGCAGCCUCUUCACUCUGAGCUUCUUCUGCCUGAGUGUCCAGGGACAUGAAACUCAACCCCCAGCAAGCUCCAUUAUAUGGGCGGUGUGUUAUCACGGUGCAGCUCUCUGAUGAAGAGCUGGCUGCAGAUGAGGAGGGUGUGGACUACUUCCUCCUGUUUGCUGGCAGCACACAGAGGCACCUGACCAGCACCCUUAAGAGCAGUCAUGACACCUUGCAGGCCCUUUGCCCCGCAAAUGACUGCUGCGAGGUGGUGUUGGUCACCUUGUGCUCAGUCAGCCGAAGUGUCCCCAAGGACCCAGAGGACCCCGAAGAGUCAGAGGACCCGAAGCUCUGUCUGGGUCGCGUGGCUCCGUUGGCGGAGCAUCGAUUCAGCUUUGUCCAGGACUUGGCUUUUGACAUGGCACAGUUUCUGGUGAGCACGGCGGGCAGGGAUGACGGCCUGGAUGGAGCACUGCUGCUGGAUGAGUGUCAGAUUCCCCUGCAGGAGUGUGAACGCCUGGAUGAGAGCCUGGCGCUGGCCCUCCACCACCUCGCCCUGCCGCCAGGAUGGAGUUUACUGGGGAACAAACUAACCAACAACACUGAACUUGAUCCUCAGGAGACUUUGCUGCAUUUCUCAGCACGAAGAGGUCUUUUUCGGGUGACGCACUUCCUGCUGCAACGGGCUGGAGCGAGAGAGGCCCUGCGAUUGGCUAACAGAGAAGGCCACACCCCCUUCGCCAUUGCAGCUCAGCGAGGACACGAACGUCUGCUUGAGCUCCUCACAGAGGCUGAGACGGACACAGAGACGGACAAAGGGACUGAGACUGUCCAGCAAGUUUCUACGGACGCCAGGGUGUUCUGCCACCUUCCCAGGCUGAACACACACACUCUGACACUGAAGACCCACCCGGGCCAUGACCUCCCGACCCUUCAAAGGAGUGUCGAGCAGCUGCUACACUUGAUUUGCCAUCUCCAUACCAAGGGAGUGUCUGAACUGGAGCUGCAGUUUGAUUCUCUGCACACAGCAGCUGAGUGUUGUGAUGGUGUAGAAACUGAGACAACCUGUCUACAGCAGCCUUCUUCAACAUCUGAGUGCCUGAAUCUGACAACAGAGGAAAACUGCUCCGUGGAAAACAGCGGUAGUGUUGAUUGUGGACAUGGGGAGACUGGGAAUGAAGAGAGAGCCUGGAUUUUGUCUUUGAGGAGUCAAAAGUCAGAGGAACAUCCCCAUGAGUAUGGCCCCGGCCCCCCAGAGGACUGGGUGUGUCUCAGUUCAAACAUUGGGAGAGAUUACUGCAAAAGGAGGCAGGGAAAGGAGCAGCCUGGUGUUUCCUCCCAGAGUUUGAGUGUGUGUGAAGAAGCACAGAGUGCGACAGAAAGGGAGAGCCUUACUGUGGGAAUCCAAGCACCAGCAGGCUGUGAUAAACGGGCAGAGGAAACUGAUAGAGAAGAGGCUGUGAUUCAGGAAGGACAGGAGGCCACGGGGGGAGAGGAAAGAUCUGAGCAGGAAGCAGAGGAGAGCAAUGGUGGAAGGCCAGAGGAGGAGACAGAUUCUACAAAUCUAAUAACGCCCUGCGGAGAUUCGAAAGCUUUAGUCAUGGGCCAGUCCCCAUCGUCAGAAGGCUCUGAGGUAUCUGAAACCUCUGAUUCUGAAAUGAAGGAUUGCUGUCAGGAAGGAGAGCAUGUUGGGGAGGAGGAGAUGAAACUCAGCGAGGAUCCCCAGGAUGGCCUCUCUUUAGACGAGCAGGAGGCAGAGAGUGAGGAGUUUACAGACCCUGUAUCAGCCCCAGGGGACCUCCCCAGCCCAUCACUGAUAGACUGUGGUGAUGUAAUCGAGGAGCCCAAAUCUGUUGUUCCAUGUCUCUUGAUAGAAGGCCUCCAUGAGGGGGAACCUCCACCAGACACAAACAGCCUGGAACAAAACCAGGAAACAGCUGGUGGGGAUUAUGCUACAGAGCAGCAGUGGGGCUCGGCUCCAGAAACUGGCUGUCACUCUGGGAUUUGCACUGGAGGAGUGAGCAGUGAGGAGUGGGACUGUGAAGAAGUCACUGAACCUUCUGGAUACAGUAUGGAAAGGACUAUUUUGUCAAUGUAUGAACCUUACAAUACAGAUGGUGAUGGUAAUGAGGCUGCUAAUAUGGAAGAUUUCCCCACAGAUCCUUCACCUGAGCCUUCACCUGAGCCUUCACCUGAAGUGGUUCCCGACUCUGGACUUGGUGAUCUGGACUCCAGGAUGACCCAGUCUAUCUCUAGUGAUGAUGAUAGCAGUUUCCAAUCUGUUGCAAGCUCUACAACAGAAAUAUUUCACCCCACUCAGGACAGUGCUAGUUAUGAGGAACAGGACCAAACAGGACUUAGGAUGGAGGAACCAAAUGAUUCAGAACCUGCUGAAAGCACUGAUUCACAAACCAUGGAUGCAGGGCUCCCCUCGGAGCCGGACCCUGACGCUGCACUGCCAGAGACAGACUGCAGCCAGACUGGCACUGAGCCUGAAUCACAACUGUUACCCAGUCCCCACACAAUGGAGGCUUUGUGUCCUGAGGGGACAGGAGAGGAAUCUGACCCAGAACUUUCCAAAGAGGAUCUGUUGGGUCAAGGGUUGGCAGAGAGUGGGGAAGAUCCAACAUUUAAUGAAAGUGAAAUUGCAGAGGCCGGCGACUCUGAAGUGAAUGCAGGAUUGGAGGAUGUGGCAUCUGAGGUCAAGAGUCCAUCAGGUGAAGAAGAAAAUGAUAAAUCUGCAGUUGCCCCUUCUGAAAACAGUGGAGAUGUGCAAUUGAUGCUGGAGCAUCCCAAACAGGAGGAUUCAGAGAUGACGGUAGAUGAGACAUCACCUGAUUUCAGUACAUCCUUAUCACAAGAUGACACCCGACUGUCAGACAGUGCAGAUGUCAGUGUAGAUGUCAAUGCAUCUGAAGCUGAAGCACCCCCUUCAGACAAUGAAGCAUCAAGUGAAUCUCAUGUUGUGAAUGAGACGACGGAUAGUCCAGAGAUCUGUGACACAGUGGAUGGAGCUCAACAGAACCACAACAGCACAAGUCAAGAGGUGAUCCCGUCUGAACAAACUGUGGUCUGUGCGACAGAGGAAGAAAGUGCAUCACCCGAGGAAACAGACUCCUCCAUGAUCCACCGAGACAAAGAGGCGUCUUUUCAUCAGCCUUGCAACACUCAACACUCAGGAUCAUCAGAGUCUUCACCCACGCCCAGUUUGCCCAGUAGAUCCACCAGUGCCACCAGCUGUCCCUCCGCAGCGCACAGAGACUCCGGCAGUGACAUAGAAAGCUUCCUGAAUGCAGACACAGGAUAUGACAGCGUCUUCAGAAAGAAUGACGAAGCAGUGACAGGAGACAGCACCAGCGAGGUUUCUGUCUCCUGUUCCUCAACAGACGACACCACCAGCGUCGGUCCCUCCAGCUCAAGCCCGGAGGGCAGCCAGGGCCUGGAAUGCAGCUGGAGCCCCGAGGAGGGCGUCCGAACAGGGGCUGCUAUCUCUACUGGACUGGACAGCAGUGGCGGAGUUGGUGGUGGUGGAGGAGGUGGAGUGGGAGAAGCUGAAGAAGAGGCCAAAGACAGAGUGACGGAGGUGCCGCGGCGGUCCUGUCUCCUUAGGAACAGCCUCCGCUCCCUGUCGCCUCUACGCCGCCACAGCUGGGGUCCUGGGAAGAACAACGGAGGAGACGCAGAGAUGAACCAGAGGAGCUCCACAUGCAGUCAUGCUGAAGGGAAGCUGACCUUUCACAGGAGAAGUUACAGCUUGGAGGGGCUAAGCGGGGGCCAGGAAGAGCUGAGGGGCCCCACAAUCCAGGUGCCUCAAAUCCUGGAGCCUUUGAGGAUGCCCCGGCAUGACAGUGAUGACAGGGGCUCUCUGGUUUCUCUGACAGAGGAGCAGGAGGAGCUUGGGGGGCACGUCAGACCACAUGACCCGAAAACAAGGCGCUACCGGCCUCUGCGAAACAGCUGUUCUCCCAUGUCCCUGCCCCUCACAAAGUCUGUAUCCAUGCUCGCCAUCAGCCAGAGAGACACUGAUGGUAUGAGGUCAUUUUCUAGUGCCUCCGGGUCAUUAGCGUACAGCAUAUCAGAGGAGGAGCCUGGUCCUCUGCGGAGCGACACUGAGGGGAAGAAUGUGACAAAAGUCAGCCGGACCUUCAGCUACCUCAAGAACAAGAUGUACAAAAAGACCAGGGAAAAGGAGAGAGAGAAGAAGGAGAUCAAGGAGAAGGACAAGAAGUCAUCUAGUGGUCAUCAAUUCACAGCCGUCAUCUUGGGGCCGACAGCUCAGUGCGCCCAGUGCAAUAAGGCUUUCAACAGCAAAGGGGGGUUCCAUUGUGCAAACUGUAAUGCUUCCGUCCAUAAGGGCUGCAGGGACAGCCUGCCUGUUUGUGCCAAGGUGAAGAUGAAGCUGCCCAAACAGCAGUUUGCAGUACCAGAUUCCUGCUCUUUUCCCACAGUCACGAUGAGGAACAAGUCUGGUGGGACAAGGGAGCGUCCCUGGUCGGCUAUCUUGUCCCCAGAAGACCAUUCCUCCCUCAUGAUCCCAUCCCGGAGACACACCAGUAUCAUGAACUUCCACGGCAACAACCUCUCCAAGAGUCUCUCCAUAAGCAAUAUUGCUGGUCCUGUGUUUGACGAGAUGCCCAUCAAAGGUUUGCGGUAUCUCUCCCAGUCUACUGACUCCCUCAACAGAACCAACCAGGUCACAGAGUCCCUGGAGUCAUUAACAGAUGAAGGGACGGAAAUGAUGGACGGGCAGCUGAUGGGGGAGUUUGAGGCCGACGCCAAAGACAUGGAGUCUGACUCGUGGAGUCUAGGUGUGGAACCACAGUACCUGCAGCAGCUGGACAAAGAGCUGGUGAAGAGACAAGACGUCAUCUAUGAGCUGAUGCAGACAGAGAUGCAUCACAUUCGGACGUUGCGCAUCAUGUCAGAGGUCUACAGUAAAGGCCUGCAGAAGGAGGUGCAGCUGGAACUGCAGACGCUGGAGAGGCUGUUCCCCGCUCUAGAUGAACUCCUGGAGUUCCACACGCAGCACCUCCUCCGCCUCCUGGAGAGGAAGAGGGAAAGCCAGCUGGAGGGGGGGGGCUCUGAGGGAGGCUUCAUCAUCAGCAGAAUAGGAGACAUCCUGGUUAACCAGUUCUCAGGAUCCAACGGUGAGAGUAUGAAGAGGAUUUAUGGAAGAUUUUGCAGCCGGCACAAUGAGGCAGUGAACUUCUACAAGGACCUGCUGACCAAAGACAAACGCUUCAAGGCUUUUAUCAAAAAAAAGAUGAGUAGCAGUAUUGUGCGAAGACUUGGUAUCCCAGAAUGCAUUUUGCUGGUUACCCAAAGGAUAACAAAGUACCCAGUGCUGAUACAGAGAAUGCUGCAGCACACUAAAGAAAGUGAGGAAGAGUUCGAGGACCUCACUGAUUCUGUUCGGUUCGUGAAGGAGGUGAUCGCAGCCGUUGACAGCAAAGUGAACGAGCACGAUAAAAGACGACGUCUGAAGGAAUUUCACAUCCGCACGGACAGCAAGUCAAUCAUGAUGAUGAAGAACGGUCAGAUUUUUGCCAGGGAGGAUCUGCUGAGGAGGAGGCUGAUCCACGACGGAGUGCUGCAACUGAAGAACAGCCAGGGGAGACUGAAAGAAAUCCAUGCUCUGCUAUUAUCAGACGUCUGUGUCUUCCUACAAGAAAAGGACCAGAAAUAUGUCUUUGCCAUGCUGGAUCAGCGCUCCACGGUUAUCUCCCUCCAGAAGCUGAUUGUGAGGGAGGUGGCUAACGAGGAGCGCGGCCUCUUCCUCAUCACGGCGGGCAUCGAGAAGCCGGAGAUGAUGGAGGUCCUGGCCAGCUCGAAGGACGAACGCAACACAUGGAUGCAGCUCAUCCAGGAAGCCAUGCAGUCCAUGGAGAAGGACGAGGAUGAAGGGAUCCCCAGUGAGACUGAGGAUGACAAGAGACAACUGGAGAGUAAAGCCAAAGAGAUGAGAGAUCUGUUGAGGCAGAAGGACACAGAGAUCAUGUCUCUGCUGGAGGAGAAGGUGCGGCUCUUCAGGGGGAUGUGGGAGGGAUUGAACCAGGGUGAGGAGGUCCCUCGGCAGGUCGGGCCUUUCUUCAGGUCAUCCAGCAGUCAGGAGCCGCCCAAGGGGGCGUCAGUGAUGAAGGAUGCCCUGCAGGAAGUGGAGACAUUGCAGGCGCUGGUGAAUGGCAGUCUGGGUGGGGCGAUGGCCAGCGUCCAGGAGGGAGGGAGCACAGGGUCGGUGUGUCUGCCCCGUCGGGCCGAGACCUUCGGAGGCUUCGACAGUCACCAGAUGCACAGCAGUAAAAGUGGAGACAGAGAUGAGUGCGAGGAUACGGCGGGAGAUCUGCGCAGGACGGAGUCUGACAGUGUUUUAAAGAAGGGAGGAAACGCCAACCUGCUGCUGCUGCUGAAGAGGAACAGUGAGCAGGUCCUCGACAGUGUCUCCAAUCUGCACCUCCUGCUCAGCACUCUGCAGGCGGUGGUGGUCCAGCAGGACAGCUUCAUAGAGGACCAGCGGCAAGCCCUGAGCGAGCGCUCCUCCUCCUGCUCGUCUUUAUCAAGGCCGUCAUCUCGGCCCAGCUCGCUAAUCGAACAGGAGAAGCAGCGGAGCCUGGAGAAGCAGCGGCAGGAGCUGGCCUCCCUGCAGAGACAGCAGGCAGCUCAUGCUGAGGAGAAGAGGAGGAGGGAGAGGGAGUGGGAGCAGAGGGAACAGCAACUGACGGAUAGGGAAACGCUUGUGCACUCACAGCAGGAGGAGGAGGUCACCAAGCAGCACAAGGAGCUGGAGGAUGAGAAGCAGGAGCUGCUGAGUAAGAAGGAGGAGUACCAGAGGGAUCUGGAGCGGCUCAGAGACGCACAAAGGAAGCUGGAGAGGGACAGGGAGACUAUGCAGCGACAUCUCAACAAGAUGGAGGAGCUCCGUCUGGCUGAGAGGACUCCCUCUACUACUUUGGAUGAACCCCAGUUCCCUGCCAGCUCCCAAUCUCCAGAGCUGGAUCCACCAGAGCUCUCUUCAUCCUCCUCCUCGUCUCUGCCGAGGCUACAGCCCCAGAAGUCAAAACCCAAAGUGAAAGGCCUCAACCCGUUUACCUCCACCAACACCAACCUCAAGGGCAGCGAAGGCAACAACCAGCUCUCAAAGAGCCUGCUGCAGCUGGCCAAGAACAAGAGCAAAGAGGGGAAGGAGAAGAAAAAGAAGAAGGGCAAAGGAGGGAGUGCGCAGACAGCAGACCCCCAGCAUCUCCCCGAGCCUCCUCUGGAUGGAGAGAUUUUCUUCUGCUGAGAGAAGUGCCUCUCUGAGUCUUUUUCAUCCUCUGUCUGAACCACCAAUCACAGCCAUCCUGACAUCCAGAGGAAUCUGUAACACAACGCUCUUCGGCACCUUUACAUCACCAUCAAAAGACUUUUCUGAAUCAUGACAUAAAACAUUUGAACGUUACAUGCAAUCAAACGGACAAGACAUGUUUUGUGUAAUUUAAAUUAAAUACCACUGCUUUUACCUUUUGGAAGGUCAAAUAUUGAAAGGAUUGGGUUAUGGUGCAUUCAAGUACAGUAGAAGAAAAGGGAACAUGAAAAAAGCAGUAUAUCUUUAGGUAGUUUGUCUACAAAAGUCUUGUUUCCUCUUCCAAAGACACCAUGGUUACGAGACAGAUGAUUAAUUUCUUAAUUUUGUAGAAUCAGAAAUUUGUGAUAGAGGAACAAAUCAAAAGCGUUUCACAAUAGAUUGUCUCACAGGCUCUGCCAACUGUGUCACAGGCUUCACUGCCUGCCUGUCUGUCUGUCUCUGUGUUUAUGAGCCUUUUCAACAGUCCGUCCUGGCAUCGACUCCCAAACAAUCCGGCUCCUCUGUUCAUUUUCAGAAGCCUUUUCCAUGUGACUGAACCCUCACGUACAAGGACAUAAACAAACCCAAAUACCACUUGGCAACAGAUAUGAAUGUCAACAAGCUCCAUGUGGCACUGGAAACGCUUCACUCCUAAUCAUCUUCAUUGACAAUCAAUAGAUGACUGAAACCACAGAGGGAAAUUCGCCUCCACUAAGUGUCCUAGCAACGUGUGAAUCAAACAAGUCCAGUGUUUUCAGUGUUCGCUCCAGUGUCUCUUUGUAUAAAAUGCUACUUUAUAGAGCCACUUUGAAAGAAAAUUGCAGCAUAAUUUUCCUUUACUUCCGAUUUGAAAAGAAGAUGUGAUUUCAUCCACUAAUUUCCAGAAUGAAAGCAAAUGGAUCUGGUGCUUUAUACCACCAAUAACCCUCAAUGAAGACUUUAUGUCUUCAGCCAUGGGUUCAAUUUAUUGAAAGUAUAAAAUCUGUGUUUUGAAGUGAAACUCUUCAGAUGUCCUCGUCUGUUUUCCCUGCUCAAACAUAAAGAAAGGAUGGAGACGUACUGUAUCUCCCUGUGUUUAACAGCUCAAUUCAUAUCCUUCAGUGUUUGGAGGCUUGGAUGGAUAUUAACUUGAUCCCUGUUUUAUCUGCCUGUCAAUGGGCUUUUACGCAGCCCUCAUCUUCAUCUGAGCACCCACCAGCGAGGCUUCCCCUCGUUUUUUAAUUGCAUGUAACUCUGCAGGUAGCAUACUAAUGGAUUCUGUCUGUAAAAGACGCACACGGCUGAUGGUUUGAGGAAAUGGAGGCUGUUAAUAUUGAGAGAUAAAACAGCCAGUUUGCGAAAAAAAAGAGAGAGGACUUGAAUUAAAAGCACCAAAUGAUGGUGUGUGUCCCUGUUUGGACGUUUAAUGACUGAACCUGCUCUGCAGGUAUCGCCUGAGUCUCUAAUCGUUUCAAAUCAAUCAACACUCACCAGUGUUGUUAAGCACUUUGGUCCUAAUAUGUUGAUGUAUUUUUUUUUUCUCAUCAGAGUGAGAUAUCAAUCAUGCAGAUCUUUGUAUUCUGUGGACUUUUUCUAAUCCAGGGCACUGAUGCUAAUGAAAAGCAACAACGAUCCAAAGUGAGAUAACAUGUUCAAAUAAAUAAAAGACUCUCAGCUCGAUGAAGUGUUUAAAAAAAAAAAAAAAGCUUUUAUGUGAUGUUACCAAGGUGACCUGUCUUAAUUUCCAUGCUUUAGCCCCACUGAGCUCACAGUGAGCCACACACUCUACCUGCUGGACAGGUGGGAAGUGAAAACAGAACAAGUUAAAAAGGACCGUGUUUCAGUGAAUCAUUGCCACUGAGCUGCUUUCUUGCUGCCUCUUUUGUCUCGUCUGUCAGUGCUUGUUUGUUAACUCGCCGUCUGUGAUGAGGAUUUGACUUCAUGUCCAGGCUGGUUUAUUAUAGUGUGUCUUCUAAGAGGCUUACAGGGCCAGCCAAUUAGUUGCUUCAUGACUUUUGUUUAUGGCUUUGGUGUAAUCCUGUCAAAGAAACAGAGGAAUGGGCUGUUUUUGGUUCAUCUGUCGCCUCAGGUGUGUUUUGACCACUUGGGAGCGCUGCACCUAUGACUAAAUUGGUUCCCUUUCUCCUUCACAGAAAAAGACUCACCAGAAAUCUGAAAGUGUUUUUUAAUUUCCUUCUUUCAGUGCUUUCUCCCUGCUGCGAGAAGCGAGCAUAUUUUUCUUCAGCAGGUCAGAGAUAAUGUGCUGAGCGUGGGCUCUCACACUCUGACAUUUUCAUCGUAGCAUUUGUAAUUGACUUCAGAAACAAAUAAGUCGUCAGACAUUGUAAUUGGUUAUUCAGUGAAACCAGUCAGCAGAAGCUUUAAAAUGAAAAGAAGAAAAAAAAAGGUUGAACAUUUGGAGGGAGUGAGCGGGCAGAACCACAGAGCUCUCUCUCUCUGUAAGGGACAAUCAGCAGACACGAUGAGGAAAAUGAACUCCCUCCCGGGUGAUGAUAGGCCUGUCCACAAGACGAGCGUGUCCGUCAGGUGAACCCUGUAGCCUUAAAUCUUAACGAUAAAAUGCACUCGAGUAGAACCCCAUAUCUUCUCAGGAGAGAGAGGAGAGCUUUUAUACCUCUGCUUUGACAUGAAGGAAAUGUCUGUACUAUAAGACGUGGUACAGAACCAUUUCAUUCCCAACAAUGUAAAAAAAGGGCAAAGACAAAUAUGUAAAUAUGAUUUAUGUAAAAACAAAUCAAAUGUACAAAAUAUGUUUUGUUGGUGAUUUAUUGCAACAUUUUGUAAGGAUGCUUUAUUUAUGUUUUAUUCUCACCCCUGUGGUGAUGUAAAGUCAAUUUUCUCUCAUAAUAAAAAAAUUAAUACAGA